AUGGAUUUGCGCACAAUCAUGAAUAGCGACGCUGGCGCCUCUAAUCCUCCUCCAACCAGUCAAUCUUCUAGCCCUAUAUCAGAUCCCUCCCUUAAACAGCGUGCGCAGAGUCAUUCGGAUUACUUAGGACGUCCUCAACCUCCAAUACCACAACCGCAUCACACCUCACCCGAACUCUCCUCACCUUACGGCCCUCCUGCCCAAUCGCCUUACCAGAAGUUCAAUGCAGGCCCUCCACCACUCAAUACAUCAGUCGGAUCGCAGCGUAGUCAAAGCCCUUCACAAGUUUCAACCCCAUAUGGACCCGGGCCGCGUGAUGUAUACGGCGCAUCAACGUUCAAUUCUCAACACUCCGCUGGUCCGUUGACUUCACCAUACACAUCUCAGCAGCCCACGGGUGAAUCACAGUCAUACUUUGCACAGCAACGCUCCCAUUCUCUUCAAACUGUGAUGACGAAUCCAUCACGCCCAAUUGUUGAAAGUCCUCCUUCGGCGCCGCAAGCUCGCCCACAUCAUUUUUCACCCCCUUCCACACACCGCUUGUCGAUCCCAGGAACUCCACUCGGUCCUCAUCCUGCUUUUUCAUCUAUUCAAUCAACUCUUCAAUCACCUUCCUCCGUGUAUCCACUGUCCUCCGGUCGCGAUUCACCGCGUCAUCUUCUAUCCAGUCCUCGGCCCCUAUUUGAUCCCCACCCCCGGGAUGCAACACAAACACAAUCCCCUGUGACCCAACGGACCUUUUCUCCUAGCUCACGACCUUCCAAAUCAACAUCUCAGUUUCACCCAAGUGUUUCAAAAGAAGAUACUUCGACUUCGAGCACGAAAGGGAACUCCCAUCAGAAUAAUUCUAUUGCCGCAGCAGUUGCACCUUCUCUCUCACCUGCAGAGAAAAAGGGAAUUGAAACUUAUACAAUGCCAAUCAAUUCUGCGCCCGCGUUAGAUUCACAAAUAAUAAGCUCUCCGUCCGUUUCGAGAGGUGGAUCACAUCCUUUGAAGAUGGAAGUGGAUAACGAAUCGGGUCCUCAACUUGAAAGCCAACCAAAGCGAAAGCGAAGACGCUUCAAUGAACCUCCAAUUUUUGCACAACGAUCGGUUCGUGUGAAGGGGAAAUGCCCAAUCAUUCAAAACCCUCAGCCUACUGUCUCAAAAGCAGCGAGACGCUUGGACCCGGACCCUUGGGCUUCUCGUAGGUCGUCAAUGGCGGCGGCAUCGUCAGUUCCUGCUGCUUCUUCACGCCCUUCACAGACCCUGAACGCAGCCACCCCGGAAUCUUCUCCAUACUCAGCUCCACCCAAUGCUAAUGAUCCCUCUGCGGCAUCAGCUCCUUUUGUACCGCCGCCGUCUGUUCCAGGCGGCCUUGGUCCGUGGGAACCGUCGAUCACUGGCAAAAUCCCUUAUGAAGAAAUCACAAAAACGGUUUCCGACUUCCUUUUCCAGCUUGUCGUUAUGCGUAACGACGGACCCUCUGGCGUUGUUGAGAUAGAAGCUAAAUUAGGUCACCUCAUGGAUCUGGAGCGGGGUGAGAGGCUGAAUUUGCCCAUAUUCACUGAGGCCGUCGUCAACAAUUCACGAGCCCGGACCUCAUUCCAAAGCAACAUGACUGUGGAACAACAUCGUGCUAUGAACAACUUUUUAAACGAGACUGUCAAAGCUUCAAUCCCAAGCAACAACGCAAAUCGUAUCCCGAUCUCGUACGCGCACAAGAAGGAGCGUGAUACAUUUUAUUCAGUCAACCCAGAAGAGCUGCCACCAUUGAUUCGCCAGAAUCUCAACCGUCGGCAUUCGCCAAAAGUCCGUGUGACAAGAGACUUGCGAAGCGGCAAGGUCCUCGCGAAGAUCGUCAAAUGCCGUCUCGCAGACAUUGACGUGAGCAGUCCGAAAACUCAUGUCGACUGGCGUAUCAGUGUCAAUCUGGAAAUGGAGUACGAAGGUGAGAUCGGCGACGAACUUCCCCAAGAAGGCGUCAAAGGCAGUCAGGGCGAACGUAUCAAAGACCGCAUGAGCUAUCGUCAUUUGGCCUACCAGGUCGACUUGACACAGGUCGCCAAAGCAAAUUCCCCGAAGGGUGAAUUUGAACAUGAACUCGAGUUAGAAGUUUCAGCCGAUGAAAUUCGCCGUCAAGGAAAGCUGGCCAUGGCUGGUGAUUCAACAAACCAGUACGAAGAACUGGUCAAGGGCUUCGUGGAUAAUAUCCGCGUUCUGGCACGAGCUGUGCCGGAUCCUGACGAGCCUUUCCCUGCUUCAUGA